AUGGAGGACAAUUGUCCAGUAACGGCAGUACCGGAUACGGUCACAACCCGGGACCGGAGACGGCCGGCUUCAGGCGAGAAUCAACCUCGACGUCCCAAGCGGGGCAAAUAUACCUCCGUUGCGUGCGAAGAAUGCAAGAAGAGGAAGCUCAAGUGUAAUCCUUUGAAUGAUGAGAGCGGCUGCAAACGCUGCGUCGACAAUGGGCUGCCUUGUGUCUACACUAGGGAGCCAUCCCCGGCAAAUAAGAAUAAGGCUGAGAGCCAACUGAACUACGAAACCCUCAGCAAGGAAGUGGGCCAGCUUCGCAGGCAGGUCAUGGAGCUGGCUGGAGCCGUGGAGGCUCUAAGAAAUUCCAGUCCUCCGACACGGGGCGUCCCGUCGAGUUCGUCAUCUUCACGGGGGGGCACACUUGUCCAGUCUCCAGCCAGUUCUCAAAGGAGCCAAGAGCCAAAAGGACUGCCAUUCGUCGGACCCACAAGGCCAGCAUUCGGAAUUAUCAUUGGCGAACGUUCUUUGACCCGCAUGGGGUUUCCCGUUUGCGAGUCCAUUCCUCCUAGCGGUGCUCAGUCCCCGACCGAUAUCCCCAAGGAGGGAACUGUGCCUCAGACUUCUGAGCAAUUCUGGUCGACUUGCACAGCUUCUGAAGUCACUAGACUCGUAGAGGUCUGGCGCGAAGAGGUCGAAUCGGUUUACCCAUGUUUCGACAUGGCGGAAAAGAUAUCCCACGCGGAGCAUAUCCUCAAUUGCAUAAGAUCUGGUCGAUUAAUAGAUGGCGACAGAUACGACUCUACGCAGGCCACGGUGACCUCAAGGGACGUAGACCUGGUCAAAAUCGCAGUAGCGACAGGUAUUGUUCUGGAAUCGCAUGGCAAGACUGAAAUGAGCGCUGCAAUAAUCGACUCAGUUGAGCGAGGUAUCUCAAGGAUAUCAUGCUCAGAUGUUGGAUUGGACAAGAUUCAGGUUCUGGUAACACUGAGCAUUUACUACUUUCACAUUGACGAAGAGUUGCUGGCAUGGAGGGCGAUCGGUGUUGCUGCACGAGAGGCUCUCGAGAUGGGCCUGCAUCGUAGAGACAGUCUCUUCGAUAAUUUCAAGGAUCGAAAGUCUCGCACUCUCGCCACCAGAGUGUUUUGGUGUGUAUAUGUCCUCGACCGCCGCUGGAGUUUUGGUACCAGCCUUUCCUUUGCGCUCGUUGAUCGAGACAUUGAUCCCGAGUUGCCUGAGCCAAGUCAAUCCCGUCUCAUCUUCGUUUACGGCAUCCUCGUCUCGGGCUCGCACCACGCUCUCAGCCGACUGUCCUUCAUCGGCUCCGUGCCCUUCUCUACCUACGCGGAAACCACACGCGUUGCCUCAUCCAUCGGCACUACCUUCUAA